UUUUCCAUCACGCGAUCCUCAAAUUGCUGUGUAAUCCUGCUUGAAGAAGAAGUUGUGAAAGAAGAAAAGAGAGAAAGCCAUCAUGGGUAGCAGUAGUGAACUUGGCACUUGUGCUAACAUAUUUCGCGUUCUCUUUGUAAUCUUUAACAUAUUGUUCAUUAUACUUGGUAUCAUUGGUUUCUCUAUUGGGGUCUGGCAAGUUGUUGCAGCCGAUGGAAGUUAUGACUUCAUUACUGGGAGUGAUACUGUCUCUGGAGCUGCCAUCUCUAUUGUUGUAAACAUAUUUGUGAUUGCCAUUGGAGCAGUAGGAGUCCUUGGUGCAUUGUUUAAAUGGAGACCUCUUCUCCUCAUUUACGCCAUCGUGUGGACUAUUCUCAUCCUCCUUGGUAUCAUUGGAGCAAUCAUCAGUUUCUAUUACAGUGAUAAUGUUAGUGCUGCUGCUGAAGAAAGCUAUAGAGAUGGCUGGACAAGAGCCAUUAAUGAUUACAAUAUGACUGAGGGAGCAACUGAUUCUGUUGAUGCCUUUCAAAAAACUUUUGAAUGCUGUGGUAUUGAUAACUCCUCUAACUGGGUUGACUUGAGGCCUGACUAUUUCCGUAAUAACAGUUUCCGUCUCCCUCCCUCUUGUCAGUGCAGUACUGGGGAGAACUGCCAGAGCUUCAACAUUCAGUUCCAAGGUGUAGACUACCCCCAGACUGCUUAUAACAGGGGCUGCUAUCAAGUUACAGUUGAUUUCUUCCAAGCUUACUCUUUCAUCUCUGGAGUAGUUGCUAUUAUAUUCGCUAUUAUUGAGACGUUUGGUGUCUUUGUUGCCAUUGGUCUAAUAUGCUGCAUUACUAGCGCAAGGAAGAAAGAAAUAGUUUAAAAAGGAAGACAUACCUCGUAGAUUACUCUUAUCUAUUAGUAGUAGAACUUAAUUUGCUGCUAACUUUUAAAUGUUUCAUUUUAGUCUUUUUCUUUUAUUUUCUGUUUUGUAUCACACAGUUAGUGUGUGGGAGGCCUUAAUUAUAAACAUUGUUUGCAUUCUUUGAGUCA